CGCGGCUGAGACUCCUGGCCAUCCCGAGCUAAGUAAGGGUGGUAAGGGAGUGCUGCAAGGAAGAGAGGAGAACUGGUGGUUAGACUGCAUAGGACAUCAGCAACCAGGGCGAGCAGGGUGAAAAGUCAAAAUCUUCGAUGCUGUGUCGUGGGCGCAACGGCCAUGGCCCUCUGCCCUCACAUGGGCCAGGCCUUGUGCUUCAGAACCGAGUUGGUGACAAUCUUCCCAGCCAUACUGCGAUGGUAGUCUCGGAAUCUACAAGGGGUCGUGCAUGAUUAUGGCUGGGACUGCGGCAAUCCUCGCUGCAUCGGUCGUCCUGGGAGGGCUUUAUCACCGGCGAAUCUGGCCAUCACAUGCCGCGUGUCCCGGCUCCCGGUCGUCAUUCUCUGUACAGUGAAAUUGCACAGAAUAUGGUACACGGCCUUGAUUGGCUCGGGACAUGGUUUUGGGCUCUCCGGUCCGGUCCCAUGACCUGAGGCUGAUGCGAGCCACUGCAGGAUAUGAUGCCAGUUAGUUGGAUCUGCGAUCAAAAAGACCUGCUGCCGACAUGAAAACUGCUGCUGUCGCUAGCGAAUAGGAAGCCGCUGGUUCCCUCAUAGCAGGGACUAUACCUCCAAAGGUCGAUAACGGCUUCGCUCACCCAGCACCGUCCUCGGACUCCUAGCCUCGAUCCAGGCGGCAAUUUGGCUUAUGCAGGCGGCUGUCUGGAUCUUGAGAUUUUCCUGCACCUGCCGUAGCCAUGGCCAUCGUUGGGAAAUAUCUUCACCUUGCUGGAUCCUAGAGUGCCAUCAACCCCUGCUAAGUCGAUCCCAUCACGGACAUACAACAAAUCAGCCUAUCAUGGAGUGAGGCCGGCCUGGAAGCUGAAUCUGUGUCUGCUGCUAGGAGGGUGUGUUUUCGUCACUGCGGCCGACUGUGACCGAAGCCAAUAGAGCUGCCAUCGUCAGGCAGGAUAGACACCGGUGCAGGCCGUAAGCUUGUGGAAUAAACCUCAUUGGGACGCUUUGGCCAACAGCACUUGUCUCGUGGAAUCUUUGCAAAGACUUCAAGCUGGCCGUGCUUUGAAGUGCUCAUAGCAGACGUUGAAUGUCGUCGGUUUGAGCGAGCGGCCCACACCUCCACCAAAAUUGAAAAUGGUAGCAUCCUAAAGCGCGAGAAGUCUGGUUCAGCAAACCUGGGGCUGUGUAAAAGCCACCCUGACAGGCCAGGUGCUGAAGGGGGUCCUGCAGACGACAAGCACCAGGAUAUUCCCUUGUCUUCCCGUAUCCGCUGUCGCACAAAUACUUCAAAUCCAGGCGAAGAUGUGGAUGUCUGCACCACUCGUCACGAACGAGCGACUAUCGGGAUGCAGCUGCUUUGGUUGGACGGGGUAAGGGCUCCCUGACCUGCUCCUAACGAAUAUUUAUAUAGUGUCGUGCUCAUGAACCAUGCUGCGAUCUGCCCUGGGACAGAUGCCCAUGGAUUCGAUUUCGUCUUGCACUCUGUCCGCUCCAUUGGAGAUAUUUGGGCUGGUAUUCACCCUUCUGGCCACGUUUGUCCUCGCUCGCAAGUUGAGCCUCCAUCAGAAAAGACCAAUUCUACCAUUAUACCACUCUUCCGACCACCGUUCGCCCAACAUGAGAUGCGACCGAAACGCCAACCCAGGCAAGAAGGGCAGAGGUGGAAGACGAGCCAAUCGAGCCAAUGCAAUGAGCAUAAGCUAUCUUCUGAACGACAACAAGCGCAAGCAGCCUCCGAGGGACAAGUAUGAUCAGGAAGAAGCAAUGUUCAUCUGGUACCAUCGCAUCGACCUAGCGCUUCCCUGGAGCCGGGUUCAACAGGCCUUUCAGCAGCAGUUCCAUGAACAGAGAGGCAAAGCAGGACUCCAGUGCAAAUUCUACCGCAUCCUCACCAGUCACCACAUUGAAAAAGUCAGAGCACAACGCACACCGGGUGAGAAACGCCGGCCCGAAGACCGAGCAGAAUGGGGCGUGAUUGCCCAAACACCGUACAGGUAUGCGUGGAUGCUACCUUUGCAUCGAUAUCAGCCACCGAAUCCGAAACGCAAGCAGUGAUGAAUCAAUAGGCAGGUUGGUCUGGAGAUAAUAUUGCAAUGGAAAAGGUGCUUGUCGCUCCGCUUCACCGGCAGCAACGUUGGACAUCUUAUUUCGGGAGGUUAACUCAAACAUGGCUGAUACGAAUCAGCAGUGUAUCUACCACUUGUUGUUGUUCUCAUGGAAGGCAUCGUCGUCACUUCUGAAAGCCUCGUCGUCGGACCCAUACUGGCGGUAUUUGUAGGCAUUAUAGCCGUACUCAUCGUCGGAGCUAACCUCGUCCUCUGGAUAGUCGUUGGCAGGAUUGUCCUCGGCUAAUUGAGUCAAUCAAAAUAUUUUUUAGUCGGAAAUCCGGGAAAGUUUGCUUACCAUUUGAAUCUUCUGAAUCCCAA